AUGUCAGCUCAGGAUCCCUCCCUGCGCGAGACCAACUGGCCUGCAGUGGCUAGCUAUGUCUCGGUGCGUAAGGAUACGUACCCCUUUAUUGAUCCCGCCAAAGCCGACCUGACGGGCAAGUCGGUCUUAAUCACUGGCGCCUCCAAGGGCAUCGGCAAGGCGACCGCAAUCAGCUUCGCUGCUGCGGGCUGCUCGAAAAUCCUGCUUUUCGCUCGUUCUGACAUGACCGAUGUCGAGACAGCCGUCAAGAAUGCGGCCAAGAAGGCAAACCGUUCCCAGCCGCUAGUGCAUUCCAUGAAGGUCGAUAUAACGUCGGAGGACGCGGUGCGAGUGGCCUCCGAGACCGCUGUAGACAUCCUCGGCGGCAGCCUCGACAUCUUGAUCAACAAUGCCGGCUACCUGGAGGAGUGGAAGCCCAUCGCCGAAUCCAAGCCAAGUGAGUGGUGGUGGACUUGGGAGGUCAAUAUCAAGGGAACCUAUCUCGCCGUCCGCUAUUUCGUGCCAUUGCUGCUCAAGUCACCAACCAAGACACUCAUUAACAUCUCUAGUGGCGGUGCCCACGUCAUGUUCCCGGGCGCAUCGGGCUACCAGACGACCAAGUUUGCUCUCUGUCGUCUCACCGAGUUCAUAGACAAGGAAUAUUAUCAGCAGGGUCUCAUCGCCAUCUCACUCCACCCGGGUGGGAUCAAGACCGAGCUAGCCAUGAAUAUGCCUCCAGAGAGGCAACAUGUCCUGACCGAUACGCCGGAACUGGCUGCCGACACGUUGGUCUGGCUCUCUCAUGAGCGACGGGACUGGCUCUCCGGCAGAUUCGUCUCUGUGAGCUGGGACAUGGAGGAACUGGAGCAGAAGAAGCAGGACAUAGUUCAACGGAACUUACUCAAGUUUCGGGUGGUGAUUUGA